GGGGCAACAGACGACAGAAAGCUUAGAAACGAAACCUCUUCUUGUAACGAAACCCUACGAGUGCGAUUAUGGAGACAGAGGAGGAAGCAUAUGGACAGAUGACCGAUGAGAUCUACUCGAACGGCGGCGACGGUGAAGCGUUGUCGCAGCAGCAGCAACGGAGACCGAUUAUCAGUGGCGAGCAACUCGAUAUUGAGGCUUACGCCGCCUUAUACACCGAUCGUACUAAAAUUUCGAGGUUGAUAUUUAUCGCCGACAAAUGUGAUAAUGUUUCGAUGCAGUUAGAGGCGCUUCGAAUGGCGUAUGACGAGAUUAAGAAGGGAGAGAAUACGCAGUUAUUUAGGGAAGUUGUUCAGAAAAUCGAUGGACGAUUAGGUCCGAAUUACGGUCCAGAUUCGGGUUGGAUGGAUGCGGUGGAUCGUAGGGCUGAGCAGAGGAAGGAGAAGCUCGAGAAUGAGCUUAAUGCUUACAGGACAAAUUUGAUUAAAGAGAGCAUAAGAAUGGGAUACAAUGACUUCGGAGAAUUCUAUUAUACUCAUGGUGCACUUGGGGAUGCGUUUAAGAAUUAUGUGCGCACCCGUGACUAUUGCACUACUGCAAAGCACAUCAUACACAUGUGUUUGAACGCAAUUUUGGUCAGCAUUGAGAUGGGGCAGUUUGCACAUGUUACAAGCUAUGUCAGUAAAGCAGAACAAAACAAAAAUGACCUGGAUCCCAUCACAAUUGCAAAAUUACAGUGUGCUGCUGGACUGGCUCAUUUGGAGGCAAAGAAGUACAAGCAUGCUGCUCGGAAGUUUUUGGAAACAGCUCCAGAAUUGGGGAACAACUACUCAGAAGUUAUUGCUGCUCAAGAUGUUGCAACAUAUGGUGGACUUUGUGCACUUGCGAGUUUUGACCGUGCAGAGCUAAAGGCAAAAGUAAUAGACAAUAUCAACUUCCGUAAUUUCUUAGAGUUGGUGCCUGAAGUGAGGGAGCUUAUCCAUGAUUUUUAUUCAAGCCACUAUGCUUCAUGUUUGGACUACCUUGGGAAUCUUAAAGCGAACCUGCUACUCGACAUCCAUUUGCAUGACCAUGUGGAGAUGCUGUAUACUCAAAUCCGUAACAAAGCCCUCAUCCAGUACACUCAUCCGUUUGUUUCUGUUGAUCUGAACAUGAUGGCAAACGCUUUCAAAACCACUGUAGCAGGGCUACAAAAAGAACUCGAGGCUUUAAUUACCGACAAUCAAAUACAGGCCAGAAUCGACUCACACAACAAAAUUCUGUACGCUCGGCAUGCAGAUCAAAGGAAAGCUACUUUCCAGCGAGUUUUGCAGACUGGGGUGGAGUUCGAUCGAGAUGUUAGGGCCAUGUUGCUGAGGGCAAAUCUUAUCAAACAUGAUUAUAACCUCAAGGCAUCAAGGAAGAUUUAAAUCCCAUAAAUUGCAAACAGAGCUCAUAUUUUUAUUGGGAAUAUGAAGCAAAAUGCAAAUUUAUGGUGUUUGGUUUUUAGGGUUCUUGUUAUUGGUCAUGUUAAUGUUGUAAAAAAAACCCAAGAGAGGUAUUUUAGGGUUCUUGGAUGGACUUAUGUAUUGCAUGAUCUUAGGAAGAGUUCUGUUUAUAUGAUUAAAUUGAAUUUACAUUAUAUUCGGGUCAAACUCGCCCGACCCGUUUUAACACGCACAAAAAUAUUAUUGGUUUGAUCUUUAAUUCGUUUUCAAUCA